CUGCCACUUUGUUGAGAGCAGGGUUGCACGACAAUCUUGCAUUGGGAUAUAUCGGUGAUAUAAAAUGCGAUUGAAUUUGGAUGCACUUUGUAUACAACUACGUGUCUCAAAUUCUAGUAAUUGAUCAUCUAGCGGUCCACAGCUGAUUAGAUCGUCGACUGCUUUAUCUCAAUAGUGACUGCGGAGUCCUGUCCAUUACUAGAACUAGUCGAGACAUGACUAAUCCUAUGUUUUGGGACCAACUGCAAGCUGGUAGCUCCGAGGUGGACUGGUGUGAAGGCAAUUACCUUAUUUACCCUAGUAUUGCAGAGUUUUAUAACACGAUCAGCAACAUCUUGUUUUUUGUUUUACCGCCAAUAUUAAUGUGCUUGUUCCGCCAGUACGCAACACAUUUCAACAGUGGAAUAUAUCUCAUUUGGAUUCUACUGGUUGUGAUUGGUAUUGGCUCCACAUACUUUCAUGCCACCCUCAGUUUCCUGGGUCAGAUGCUGGAUGAGUUGUCCAUCCUGUGGGUGCUCAUGUGUGCCAUCGGCAUGUGGUUCCCCAAGAGAUACCUGCCCAAGAUGUUCAGGAAGGACAGGUCAAGGUUCAAAGUGGUCAUUGGCAUCUUGUCCGGGAUCACCACUGGUUUGGCCUUCGUUAAGCCCGUCGUCAACUCGGUGUCUCUGAUGACUCUGGGUAUCCCCUGCACUGUUCUGCUCAUUACUGAGCUCAGAAGGUGUGAGAACCCACGUGUACUCAAGCUGGGGCUGAUCUCGGGGAUCUGGUGGGCUCUGGCUCUCCUCUGCUGGAUCAGUGACAAGAUCUUCUGUGAGAUGUGGUCCUCUGUCAACUUUCCCUACCUACACUGUGCUUGGCACAUCCUUAUCUGCCUGGCCUCCUACCUGGGCUGUGUGUGCUUCGCCUACUUCGACGUGGCAACAGAGGCCCCUGAACGAGGCCCGGUCAUCAUGUUCUGGCCCAAUGAGAAAUGGGCCUUCAUCGAGUGCCCUAUGUCACCCUACUCUGUGAAACCAAGAAAUCUGACUCUGUCAAGGUGACAUAAGGUGUCAUAACCUCCUCAGGGCCCACUGUGCUUGGAA